AUGACGUUUAUCUGGGUUGAGAGUCAUUUUGGGGGUAAACACUGCAGUGAAGGGUUUACCCUUAAGAAGAUUCUGGUGCUGGUUACAGGAUAUCUCGGGUACGAGGACAACAUGAGGAUGUGUUCUUGGUAUCCACCUGAUAUGCCGGAUAUGAAAGGGGACCUUGAAGACGAUGUGAUGCUGACGAGAGUGGUUCACUAUGGUGUCGAGACAGGUGCAUUAACUUUAUAUCUAGUCCGAGAAGAUGAUCCAUACAUUCGUCGACGUGUUGGUGUUGUAAAUCCUUCAUUGUCUGAAGACAAAGGCGAAGGUUAUUUAAAAGUAAAAAUUCUUGAAGAUGGAGAUUCUGAUGCUGAAGAUAAUGCAGGAGAGAAUGCGUACGAAGUCCAAUAUAGCAGUAGUGAUAGCGAGGGGAAUGGAAAAUCCAAAAUUGAUGAUACUAAGUAUCGGAGGUUUGAGUUGGGUCAAGAGUAUAGGAUAAUAGAGAGCUUAAAGAAGGCAGUGACUAAGUAUGCAGCGAAGCAGAAGAAAGACAUCAAGUAUCACAAGUCUGAUAGUAGGCGUUUAACAGCUGUUUGUUGUGACAGAAAGUGUCCUUGGAGGCUUUAUGCAUCAAUUAACAGCAGCUCUAAUCGAGUUGUUGUGAGAACAUUUCAAGAAGAACAUAACUGCACUUGGCAAGAAUUCAGGUUGAAUCCAGAAUAUUCUGCAAAUCAGUUGCAAUUGAAGAUUCUGGCCCGUAAUAUCAAUGUCACAUGGACAAUAUGUGAGAGGUCGAGGUUGAGAUGUCUACAAACAUUUGAUAACGAUCAAGCAGAGCAAUUCGCAAGGCUGUUUGACUAUGUGGCUGAGCUAAAAGAACAAAUCCUGGCUCUACGAGAUCUAAAUGAUCAAAUGUUCCCAAUAGCUUGGGGCAUUGUAGAUGCUGAGAACACACCAAAUUGGAAGUGGUUUUUGGAACACUUGGUUGACGAUUUAGGUGUAGGGCUGGGUAAUGGACUGACUUUGGAAAGCGACCAACAAAAAGAAUUGAUUGGGGCAGUGAAGGUUCUGUUGCCAUAUGCAGAACACAGAGAAUGUGCUAGACAUGUCCAUGCGAAUUAG